AGAGCUGAGACCAUGAUUGAGACCAUGAUUGAGACCAUGAUUGAGACCAUGAUGGCCCCCCCCAAAACCGGCUGCCGUUCUAGGACGAGCAAUCUUAUUGUCUGACCAAUCUAGGGGGGCUCUGGGUGAGACAGGCAGAAAUAUAUGAAUAUGCCACGGAACGCAGCUAUCAUGACUCUUCAGCCCGACAUGACGACCCUGGUGCAACGCGACAACUCCGCCGAAAUGGAUCAUCCACAGUCAGCAAACAUUGGCCGGGCUCGACUCGACGAUGCGGAGCUCGACUCGUUCUUCAACGGCAACGUUCCGGAGCCAGAAGACCGGGUUGGCAGGAGAGGCGUCCCCGACAACCGUAUGCAGUUUCGUGAGCCCCAUCCAGGUUCUGACCUAUGGAAAAGCGCAAAACCGAAAAUCAACCUGUUGGCAAGAAUUGGGGUCAAGGCAGGCAAAUUCAAGUACAUGCAGAUAUCUGGCGACCAGAUCCGCUUGCUGCGGGUUCGGCCUGGCAAGCAAGGCGAACGGCUUGUAUGCGACCUGUGCGCGAAGAGCUUGGCUGAGAUGAAAGGGAAAUAUGAAGCUUUGUCAUAUUGUUGGGGAACUGAGGACCCUAGCGAGGCUAUCUAUAUCCACCGAUUGAAGUUGAAGGGUUCGGGUCCGGAUUACACAAUUUCGCCCCAGGAAGAAUUCCCAGUUCGCCCGAAUCUACUCAAGGCCUUGCGUCACUUGCGAAGGGAGGAUAGAGGAGUAGUGAUAUGGGUUGAUGCCGUCUGCAUUGAUCAACGGGAGACUGCAGAAGCAAGAAGGGAAAAGAACCGGCAACUCUCCAUGAUGAGCGACAUCUACAACUCCGCAAAGAGUAUUUGCAUCUGGCUUGGCGACUCCGACAAAGAUUCAACCACCGCUCUGAAGCUCGCCCACGACAUCGCGAACUUCCAAGUGCUCGACCAGCGUUUGAAUGCUACCGAUGAGAGUACAGGAGACCGCUGGUGUGCUCUGGUCAGGACUCUGAGCACAACGCCAUGGUUUACUCGUCGAUGGAUUAUCCAAGAGAUAGCAUCCGCUCGGCAUGCGUCGGUUCAUUGCGGCAACGAUGUCCUCCAUUGGGAUGACCUCGCAGACGCUAUAUCGCUUCUACAGGAGAAUCACGAACGACUGAAGCGACAAUACGACAAGGAUAUAUUUUCCACUAUACCUACACUGAGCGCUACGCACCUUGUCAAAGCUCUGACUGGCGUUUGCCGAAAAUCCCCAAAUGGGGACAUCGUGGAGAGAUUGUUUGACCUCGAGACCCUUGUCUGCACCUUUCAGCAUUUCCAUGCUCGAGAUGCUCAAGAUGUCAUUCAUGCGGUCCGGUCCCUCGCUAGAGAUGCCCCAGGCGAGGACGAAUCGGAUUCUUUCCGCCUUGGCGCAGAACAUAAGAACAGUACAAGAGAUUUGUUCAUCGCCUUCGUAAGACGCUGCGUUCAAAACUCUGGUUCAUUGGACAUAAUCUGCCGACACUGGGCUCCGCCAAUCACCGAUACUGCGGGUGAGAGGAUCAAGCUGCCUACUUGGAUAUCUGAGCUCUCUAAUGGUCCAUUUGGAUUGCCGGGAGAAUCUCAAGAGAGGCAGAACGGGGAGAACUUUGUCGCACUGUCCCCACUUGAUAAGAGAAAGCGAUAUAACGCUUCCCAAGAUUGGGGUCAGUCAAAAACACCGUCUACACGAUCCGACCCACGAGAGAAACCCGUUCUUUCAGUUCCGCAGUACAGCAACUUAGAUCCAAAUAGCCGGUCACUCACAGGAGCGGAGUUCACUGCUUCGCCUUUUACUUCACCAGCGCUCGAAAAAAGCAAUCCUUACCAUACACAUGGAUUGGACACAGUGGGAGGAGCUACUUCCACAGAAGACCAGCUAGAGCAUGACCAAAGGUUGAGCGUGAUGGAGCAGGCUCCGCUAUCAUCAUCUUCCAGACCACUGGACAAGCAGAACGCGCUGCCCAAUUCCACCGGAUUACCUCCAAUACAAACCGCGGUCGAGAACUCAAAUGGCGUUGAGGGUGAAUCAGACAAACGCUCUUCCAAAGAGACGCAGAUGCCAGACUCGCCUCAUCCUGCGCGCUAUUUCGCUAAUGCGGCGGUGUUCCCUGGGCGGCUUCGCCAACAACCCGAACGAAGGGGCUCCAUAUCCAAGCAAGACAAGUGGAUACAGAACGACCAAGAGCACCAUCCCAAGGAACCUGGACUAUUGGAUGUCGAAGGUAUCAUCCUUGGAGCCAUCAGGCAAUGCUCCGAUCUAAUGCGAGAGGGGAUUGUUUCUGGAGACUGGCUCGAAAAGCUCGGAUGGGACCGCCAAUCCCAUGAGAACCGCGUUCCGGACGUCCUAUGGCGCACGCUGGUUGCAGAUCGCAGCCCCGAUGGCGGGAAUCCUCCGCGCUGGUAUCAACGAGCGUGCCUCCAUUGCUUGAAGGAUGUGCGACUGACUAAUUCUAAAGGCGAUCUGAUCUCUCACAUGUCUGGCAGAGUGAUUGAGUCGAUGAGCUCAGUCUAUCUCAAGCGCGUCGAGAGUGUCAUUUGGCGACGUCGACUUAUUGAGAUUGGCUCGAACAUUCCCCCGAAAGGCAUUCCACUCUACGGGCUGGCACCUGAAAAGACGAAGGAACGGGAUAUUGUUUGCAUUCUGGUCGGAUGUUCUGUGCCCGUCGUGCUGAGGAGGGUACAGUCUCCGGGAACGACGAAGGUUUAUGAGCUCAUCGGAGAAGCAUUUAUCUACGGAAUGAUGGACGGAGAAGCGGUACAGGAUACCAAGGCGGUUAAUGGUCUCAAAGAAACUUUCUUGCUCCGAUAGAAGUAGGACGGUUGAUCAUGAAAUUGCCGGAUGCGAAAUUGGC